GACGAUUUACCUUUGCAAAUAAAGAAAUUUUAAAUAACAAUGUUUAUAUUUUUGAUACACUAAAUUAUAAAUGGGUAAAAACGUUAAACAGAAACAAUCAAACAUUUCCUAUAUUGCUUCACAUCUUAAUCGUAAUUAUUACUGCAUCUGUACUUAUACCUGUGAUAAUUGCAAUAGUAAUAUUUUCGAGGUGUAAAGAAGACAACAGAAAUAAACACCUUACUG